AUGGAAGAAAGACAAAGAGAUAUGGAUAAUAUUCCACAAAUAAGAGAGGAUAGAAAUAUGGAUCCUCAAGAUUUUACAAGAUGUUCUAUUUGUAAUACACCUUUAAGAGAAGCUAUGAAUAGUAAUCCAGAA